UCUUGCUAUGAUGCAGUGCAGGGCUCAGUGCUGGCUGCAAAGACGCUGGGAUAAAUAGCAAACCAUCACCAUCGGACUUUUCAGUGCGUUUCGCCUUUUUCUCGGAGGGAGAAGAAUCUUGAGGCUCAUCCGUUCCUUGAAGGGGUUAGUCGUCCCUGCGAGUGAGACCCGGAGAUAAAUAUCUGCAGCAGUUGCUCCUUUUUUUUCCCUCCCUUUAGUUUUACUGGUGCAGUAUGAAGUGCAGUUAUGGCAAGAAGAGGUAAGACAGCUGUGAGGACACUGGAAGAUUUGACCCUGGAUUCUGGUUAUGGUGGCGCUGCUGAUUCCAUCAGGUCUUCCAACUUGUCCCUGUGUUCCGAUUCUCACCCGGUAGCUUAUCCCCAUGGAGGAAACUGCUGGCUUCUAACUGACUCCAUGCACAGUAGACACAACAGCUUUGACACGGUCAAUACUGUCCUGGCUGAAGACUCCGAGGUCCUGGACUGCUCAGGACAGUGCUCCAGGCUGCCUGACCUUGAGGAAGUCCCCUGGAGCCUUGAGGAGGUAGAUGCUCUUCUGAAGAAAGAGCAGAUACUGACUGGUGCCAGCAGAGAUGUCCUCUCCAAGCUGUCCACCCUGGUCAGCAGGUCGCUGGUUCGGAUUGCCAAAGAGGCUCAGAGACUGAGCCUACGGUUUGCCAAAUGCACCAAAUACGAGAUCCAAAGUGCCAUGGAGAUAGUAUUGGCAUGGUCACUAUCUUCCAGUUGCACUGCCUCAGCCCUCAGCGCCCUGUCCCUCUACAACAUGAGCACCGGGGACCGGCUCAGCCGGGGCAAAUCCGUGCGCUGUGGCCUGACUUUUUCCGUCGGAAAGUUCUACCGGUGGAUGGUGGACAGCAGGGUGGCCCUCAGGAUCCACGAACACUCCGCCAUCUACCUGACCGCCUGCAUGGAGGCCCUUUUCAAGGAAAUCUACAAGAGGGUCCUGGCCAUGCCUCGCCCCGAGAAGGAAAACGAGGCACCAAACUUUACGCCGGAAUCCCUGGAACAAGCGCUUAACAACGAUUCCGAGCUAUGGGGUUUACUUCAACCUUUCCAGCACCUUAUAUGCGGUAAAAAUGCUAGUGGAGUCCUCUGCCUUCCAGACAGUUUGAACCUCCAUAGAGAUCACCAAAGACCAAAUAAACCAGGUGAUGUGCAGAUGUUUAGCCAAUCAGAACUGAGGACUAUAGAGCAGUCUUUGCUUGCCACACGUGUGGGAAGUAUUGCAGAGCUCAGCGACCUGGUGUCUCGGGCGAUGCAUCACCUCCAGCCCCUCAAUAUAAAGCCGCACGGUAAUGGCACGCCAAUGCACAACAAGCAAGGACCACUGUAUUGGGAACCUGAGGCCCUGUACACUCUGUGUUACUUCAUGCACUGCCCCCAGAUGGAGUGGGAGAACCCCAACGUAGAACCCUCCAAAGUGACGCUACAGACAGAACGGCCGUUCCUGAUGCUCCCACCUUUGAUGGAAUGGAUUCGUGUAGCCGUAGCUCAUGCCGGAUACCGUCGCAGUUUUUCUGUAGAUAGUGAUGAUGUGCGACAGGCCGCCCGUCUUCUACUCCCCGGUGUGGACUGUGAACCACGGCAGCUCAAGGCCGAUGACUGUUUUUGCGCAUCUCGCAAACUAGAUGCGGUAGCCACAGAAGCCAAGUUUAAGCAAGACCUCGGAUUUAGGAUGCUCAACUGUGGAAGGACAGACCUGGUCAAGCAAGCUGUGACGCUACUCGGUCCUGAAGGAAUCAACAGCAUGAGUGAGCAAGGUAUGACCCCACUAAUGUACGCGUGUGUCAGGGGAGAUGAAGCUAUGGUACAGAUGCUCCUGGAUGCGGGUGCUGAACUUAAUGUUGAGGUCCCAAACACAGCUCAUAAAUAUCCAUCUGUUCACCCUGAAACCCGACACUGGACUGCGCUGACAUUCGCUGUUCUCCAGGGACAUAUUCCUGUUGUACAGUUACUUUUGGAUGCAGGCGCCAAUGUGGAGGGAUCUUUAGAAGCAGGAGAAGAAAAUUACUCAGAAACUCCGUUACAACUGGCAGCAGCUGCAGGAAACUUUGAGCUUGUGAGUUUGUUGCUGGAGCGAGGAACAGAUCCCAUGAUAGGAACAAUGUACAGGAAUGGAAUCUCUACGGCACCUCAAGGAGACAUGAAUUCUUUCAGCCAGGCUGCUGCACACGGGCACAGGAAUGUAUUUCGGAAGCUGCUGUCCCAGCCCGAGAAAGAGAAGAGUGACAUCUUAUCCCUGGAAGAGAUUCUAGCUGAAGGCACAGAUCUGCCCGAUACGACCAACGCUACCUUGUGUCCGAGUCGAAACAGCAAAGCUAAACUGAAGGCACUAAAAGAGGCCAUGUAUCACAGCGCCGAACACGGAUAUGUGGAUAUAACCAUCGAUAUAAGAAGUUUAGGAGUGCCAUGGACCCUUCACACUUGGCUGGAAUCCCUGCGCAUAUCAUUUCACCAACACAGACGUCCUCUUAUCCAGUGCUUACUGAAAGAGUUCAAGUCGAUUCAAGAGGAGGAGUAUACGGAAGAGUUGAUCACACAGGGUCUGCCGCUGAUGUUUGAGAUUCUGAAAGCUAGCAAGAACGAGGUUAUCAGUCAACAAUUGACCGUCAUAUUCAGCCAAUGCUACGGCCCCUACCCCAUCCCAAAGCUGACCGAGAUAAAGCGCAAGCAGACGUCUCGGCUGGAUCCUCAUUUCCUCAACAACAAAGAGAUGUCAGAUGUCACCUUUAUUGUGGAAGGAAGACCUUUUUAUGCACACAAAGUGUUGCUAUUCACAGCAUCUCCAAGGUUUAAAGCUCUCCUCACCAACAAGCCGACAACAGAAAACAGCUGCAUUGAAAUCAAUUACGUGAAGUAUCACAUCUUUCAGCUGGUUAUGCAGUACCUAUACUGUGGCGGCACAGAAUCGCUCCUCAUUAAGAAUAAUGAAAUCAUGGAGCUGUUGUCUGCCAGCAAGUUUUUUCACCUGGAAGCUCUGCAACGCCACUGUGAAAUUAUCUGCGCCAAAAGCAUUAAUACAGAAAACUGUGUGGAUAUUUAUAACCAUGCCAAGUUUCUUGGCGUCCCUGAGUUAUCGUCUUACUGUGAAGGCUACUUCUUAAAAAAUAUGAUGCUCCUCAUCGAAAACGAAGCCUUUAAGCAACUAUUGUACGAUAAGAACUGCGAGACAUCGGGCCAGGAUGUUCUGGGUGACUUACAAAGGACGUUGGCGACACGGAUACAGUCUAUCCAUCUAUCCUCUUCGAAAGGGUCUAUAGUAUAGAGUCGGCGGCCGUCGGGGCGGUCAAUGUGUACAGUGUUUACUCUCAAAGGCUUAUAUGAAGAUAAAAUGCUUUUCAUUUUACCGGAUUUU